AUGCCCCCACGUGCGGUGCCCAUCGACCUCGCCACCCAAUAUCUGGGUUGCUGGGAAGACCGGUCGCUUAACGGUGCUGAAGAUGUGCUUACCAAUCCAGACUGGGACAUGGGCCCUUUUGCUUCUGUGCAUGUCGACCCUGCUCGAUACCAGGACGGGGUCAUCCAUUUUUUGGACAUUGUUGGUGAUGACGUUUCGGCUUUUCUUGUGGAUUUUUCUCGUUUGCUUGUGGAUAACGAUGCGUCUCGGACUGCGGAGGGUGCUGCUGUCUCCGCUCAUCAUGCGACGAAUGCGGAACUAUCCUUAGCUCUGGCAGCGUCCCGACCGAUGAACUCUGUCGCGUACAGCACUCGUGCUACGCGAUGGGGGCCACGUCACGGCACGAUCGGGUCUACUGUGGGUGGCCCACCUGUCGCUUAUUUUUGGUUUUUCCUGCUCCUUCUUCUCGGUCAGAUGUUCCUCAACCGGUAG